AUGGCGCAUCCAAACAUUAAAAUCGACACCAGCGUUCAGUCGGCGAAGCGCUCGCAUCCGGACACUGAGGAAACAGCUGAAAUCGUUGAUGGGCCCGAGGAUGACACCCCCGCGCUGGAUACCGCGGACAGUGACCUUGUCCCACCGUUUCUUCGCCAGCCGGUUAUAGAAAUCCAUCAUAAGUUUGAAGAACUCGAAUGGAUGCAGCGGACUCGGAUCUUGGAGGGGUCACAGGCAAAUGACCCCUCACAUCGUUGGGCGCUGGAUGCGGAUCCCGAAGCCAGGGCCAGGAACCGAUAUGCGAACGUACAAGUCUGGGCGAAUUCUCGUAUCCGUCUUCGAGUCCCUGAAGGAGAGUGUGAUUUUAUCAACGCCUCGCCCAUAGUUCUCAAGGAUAGUGUCUCCCAAGAGGAGAGGAGAUAUAUCGCGACACAGGGCCCGAAACUGGACAACCUCUAUCACUUUUGGCACAUGGUAUUUCAUGAAAGCGAAGAAGUGGCCGUCAUCGUCAUGCUCACGCAAACGAUCGAGUCCGGCCGAGAGAAAUGCUCACAGUAUUUCCCGCUCGAUCUCGAGAACCCGCAUAUGUUCCUGAGACAAGAGGAUAGCGACCCGUUUGUGGACGGAGAUGAGCACCAGUCAGCGGAAGGAGACGCACUUGGUCAGAUAACGCUUCUUGAAAGUACCUGGGAUGUGGAUUGUCGAUCCGAGGUCCGGAAGCUAGAGCUUACCCUGGGCUCCGAAUCGAAGAUUGUGUGGCAUUUCCUCUUCGCGGGCUGGGCUGACUAUUCCAAGCCCGUUGGCGAAGACCGCGACGCGCUUCUUCAGUUGAUCAACGUGUCAGCCUCAAAGUCCUCACGGCAGAAUCCACGAAUUGUUCACUGCAGCGCAGGAGUGGGACGAACGGGUACUUUUAUUGCGCUUGACCACCUUUUGCAGGAACUCGAAUCAGGCGAACUACUCAAGGCCACUGAUCCAGAGGUAGACCCCGUCUUCGAAGCGGUCAACCAGCUGCGCGAACAAAGGAUGAUGAUGGUGUACAACGAGAUGCAGUUAAUCUUCAUCUACGAGGUUUUGCGAGAGCAAGCGGAAAUCAUGCUGGAGAAGACUUUUGGAAUAUCCCGCCAGAGGUCGGACGCCAGAUCCGCCAAAAUCGCCAAGUUGUCCGACGAGGACAGCUACCUGCCUGCUGCCAAACCGGAGCUGGAGGCUGUUGGCGAUCAGUGUAGCAGGAGCACGACUAGAACUCCAGAAGUGGCCGCUACUGACUGA